CAUAAAACUUUUAAAUAAAUUUGUGUAAGUUAAAAAAUAAUAUUUUUAAAUAUAAUAAAUUUUAUUAUUCAAUUAUUUAAGCCGAAAUCAAAAAAGAAAUUCAUUGAAAAGAAAAAUUCAGUAACUUUUCAUGUAGUGCAUAGAAGUCAACAUGAUCCACUUAUUGCUGAUGAAACAGCGCCUCAACGUGUUUUGGUAGCUCAACAACCAUCUAAGUCAAAAAAGGUUAAUAUAGUAAUUUUUAAAUAAAUAGUUCUAACUUAUAUUAUAAAAUUAAAUAUAUGCUUAGAAAAACAAAGAAGAAGAAGCAAAGUAUGGAAUCUAUUUUGAUGAUGACUAUGAUUAUUUACAACAUUUAAAAGAAUGCCAAUCUAAUGAUUUUAUAUUAUUGCCUGCACCAUCUAACAGUAAUAAUGAAAAAGUGAAUAAUAAUAUUAUUGGUAUCUUAAAUUUAACUAUCAAAUAAAUUAAUACAUUGGUUUCUGCACAGAAAGAAAAACCUAAAGUUAUGUUACCUUCUUCCAUGUUUGAGUCUGAAAUUGAAGAAAAAGUUGGCAUGUUAAACAAAGCAGCUCCCCAAUCUGGUAAUAUAAAUAAAUCCGUACAAUUUGAUUCUUAAUAAAAAAUAUUAAAUUUUAUCAAUUAUGUAGGUUUGCGUUUGGAUUUGGAUCCUGAUAUUGUUGCUGCAAUGGAUGAUGAUUAUGACUUUGAAAACCCUGAUAAUGAGUUGGAAGAUGAUUUUGUGAUUAUAGCAAAUCAAACUGGGUAAAAAAUUGAAUUGAUAUUUUUUUUAUUUUAUUAAUGAAAAAACAAUACACAUUAUAAUAUAACAAUUAAAUUUAUGAGAUUAAAAUUUAUUCAAAAACUUAAAUUAGACUGUAUUAUUUUUGAAAUUGCCCAUUAAUAAGCUGAGCUUGUUGUGAGGUUAUUGAUUUAUUAAUAUACAAUAUAACUUACUUUUAAUUAGGAUGCAAUUGUAAUACUAAUUGCAUUUUUUUUUUAAUGUCGUAAAGCUAUGCUUUCCAAGCAAAAAAUUAGUUUCAUAUAUCAAACAAUUAAAAUAUGAAAUUUUUAUUUUGCAUUUUUUGACAUUUACAAUGAUUUUUUGGGUUUUAAAAUGUAUUAGGUAUAGAUUUAUCAAUUUUACCAGAUAAAUACGAUACCAGUUGCAAUAAAAAAAAUGCUAAGCUAUUUAUCGAGUUGUAAUGUAGUCGUUUUGCACUAUUUACUGUUGUGUUUAGUUAAUAAAAUAAAUAAAACAUAAUUAAAAGUGUGUUAAUUUUUAACUUUUUUUAAUGCAUUUUUCUUGUUUUUAGAGCAUUUAAAUUUAAAUCUUAGUACAUAUUAUAAAAAAAAAUUACAAAUUCUUACUCUCCUAGUUAUAAAAAAUUUUUGUUUAAACAACAACCAGUUAGUAAAAGCUUAUUUAUUAGAUACAUACUUAUUCUUAUUUUCAUUAUUUAAAUUAAUUUUUUUGUAGAUACAGUAGCAUAACAUUCAAAUUUGUUGGGUCUAAGCAAUCCUAGAACUUAUUCCCAAUGCUCUUGUGUGAUCAACAUGCAUGUCAUACGCCCUAUUUUCCCAUUUAUUGACUAAUUUGUUUAAUACUUAUAAUACCAAUUUGAAACCUAAUCAGAAAAACUUUGAAUUCUUUAUAAUUAGUUUAUAAUUAGUUGAAGAUAAACCACAUAAAUCUAUUUUAUUUAAACAAAUUCUUAUGACAUAGUUUUGUUGAAUUUUGAGCGGGUUUAUUGCAUUAUCAGCACAGCCACUCCAUACUAAUAAACAAUAUUAGAAAACUAACUUGGAUAGUACAUUAUAUUCAGUACACACAACUUUGUAGUUGCUCAUUUUGAAGAGUUUAAAGAUAAUAGAUUUUAAUCUCAUUACUAGAUUUCCAAUAAGCAUUUCUAAAGUAAUUAUCUUAUAAUAUAUAUAUUUUGAAUUAUGAAUAAUGUAUUAAAUGGAUUCUAGAUCAGAUGAUGAAAGUAAUAAUUUAGAAGAUUUAAUUGAAGAAAGUGAUGAUUAUAGUAGUGAAGCAUGUGAUGAUAUUGGUAGUUUAAACAUGGAUGAUACCAAGUCCCGUUUUACAGAUUACUCCAUGUCUAGUUCUGUUAUAAGGCGAAAUGAAAAUUUAAAAUUAUUGGAUGAUCAAUUUGAAAAAGUAGAUUAAUAUUUAAAUUAUUUAUUAAAUUGAACCAAUUUAAACUAAAUAACCAUAAUAUUUGUUAGUUGUUUUCUGCGUAUGAUGAUACAGAUAUUGGAGCAUUAGACAAUGAAGAAAUAGAAGGCACACUAGCUAUAGAAUCUGAUAUAUUAAAACAAGCAGCUGAAGAAUUUGAAUCAAACAUGAAAAGAGUAAUAAAAUCAUAAUAAUAUGUGUUAUUUAAAUAAAAUAAAUUGUAACUGUAUACUUAUUAACUUCUAGGAUCAAAUACCUACAGAUAAAACAGCUGCUUUAAUUUUUGAUAGUAAUUCUGACAAUGAAGAAUUUACGUAUAAAUUACCAGUUCAAAAUCCAGAAGAAAAAAAAUGGGACUGCGAAAGUAUUAUUUCCACAUAUUCUAAUAUAUACAAUCAUCCUGCUCUCAUCAAAGAUUCACCAGUAUGGCUAUUAAAUGAAAAUCAUAUUAGUUUAGCUUUUAUUUUUAGCUUAGUGAGAAAUUAAUUGGUUUUACUAUAAUUUUGUUUAUUAGCACUACUUAUACAAGCUAUAAUUUUCAAAAUAUUUUACCAAACCUAAUGUUGUUAAAUAUUUCUGUCAUUUUUUUCCUUCUGAGUUGGUUUCAUAUAAAUUUUAUUUUGACCUUUUUAGUAAAUUAAGGAAUUUUCCUUUACUCUAUGUAUCUUAAGUAAAUAUAUGUUUUUGAAUUCAAUAUUGUUUCAGAUUUGAGAAUUUGAAUAUGCAUAAUCCUAAUAUUUAACAAAUGGUUUAAUAAUUAUAUGUUUAUAUAGUUUGAUUAGGGUUAAAAAAAAGAAAUGAAAUUGUUAAAUUGUAACUCAAUCCAUUCAUCUAUGCUAAACCAUUUUAAUUUGCUAACAGUUUGUCUGAUAAUGAAUUAACCUACACUAAAGUAAUCACUGUGGAGUCUCAAUAAGUAAAAAUAAAUGUUGUCUCCUUGCGAAAACCUCAAUUACUCAAAAGAUUAAGUACCUAUAGAUAUUUUGAACAUUCUGUUUUCUGAAUAUAGGCGGAUAAUGACGAAAAAUUUGUAUAAUCAUUUGUCUAAUAAGUUUGUGCAUCUCAUUAUUUAGAUUCAAAAAAUAAGAAUAAAUCCUAGAACUGGUAUUCCAAUAUUACAACAAAGACUUACAGCUCAAGCAUUAAAAUCGUUAGACAAUAAUGAUACAUUAAAAUCCAGUUCUAAAUCAGUAAUAUCUGCACUGUCAUCUUUAUCAAUAAGACCAAAGGAUGAGACACCUGAAGAAAAACUAAAGAGGAAAAAAGCACUUAAAGAAUUUAGACAGGUUUCUUUAGUUCUUAUUGAGUUAAAAAAUUUUUUAUACAUUCAUUAUUAUACUUAACAAAACUGUAUUUUUAGGAACGAAGAAUGGAAAGAAAGGCUAAUACUUUAGCAUUUAAAGAACAAAAAAAGAAAAUGGAAAAGGAAUUAAUCAAUAAAAAUUUUAACAAAACUGUACGUGUUAUUUAAAAGAUUUAUAAGAUUAUAAUAUAUUUUAAUUUUGAAUAUUUGUAUAAAUUGUAUUAUUUUAUUUAUUUAUUAAAAAAGUAUAUCCACACUGUUGUGAUAAAUGAUAUGGUAAUGACAUAAUUGGCUCGUAUUAUUUUUAUGGUACAAUUUUAUAUUACCCUCAGAGACUUUUGUUUAGAAUAUCCAAGUUAGGACGAGUGUGACUGUUGUAAGUGGAAAGUUGGAUACAUGGAGUUAUUUAAUUUACAUUAAAUUUCCCCUUUAACUUCCCAAUUUUUCACCUACAACAGUAGGCUACCCAUUGCGUGAAGUAUGUUCAUUUUUUUUAAAAUUAAAAAAUAACUUUAUAGAUUAUUUUGUGGCUUUUUUUUAUCCGAUUACUCUUCUGCCCAUACUUUAUGUUCAGCCCUUUGUUUAGUCUACUCAAUAGAUGAAUAUUGUGCAUCCAUUUGACUAAAUAAUGCUCUUGUAUUAAAAUUAGAUAUCUAAUUUAAUAUCACCAUGAGACUAAUUAUCUGGUAUAAUAAAAUUGACUUCUAACAUAAACAGAAAUCCCCCCCCCCCCCAUCGCAAGAAACAAAUGCUUUGAUUAAAGAGUUCUAGAAAAUAAACCUCAGUCAUAUAAAUGAAUCGGUACUUCACAUGGUAGGUGUACCAAUUCCCUGCUCUAAUAGGGCAUAAGAAAUUCACCAGAAUGUGAUGUGAUUGUGGUGCACAGAAACAGACCAUCAAACAUUUCAUUUUCGAAUACAUAAGCUGCUCAUAUCAAGGAACUUACCUAGAAUUGAUUGUCUUAAAACUUAUAUUUAUUAAGUGGUGCAGAGAAACUAAAUCCUAAACUCUAAUAUCAAAUAUAUUGAUUUGUUUCUUUAAUAAUGUUAUUCAUAAUAUUAUUUAAUAUAUUUUAUUUUGUAUUUCCAUGGUACCUUAUCAUUAAUCUAUUGUAUUUAUUAAUAACAAAUUAUCUGUAGUUUGUUGUUUAAUGUAGUAAUGUGUACAUAAAAUAAAAUAAAUUAUUAUAUAGAAUGGACAGUUUCUAUGAAAGAAUAAUUUGGAAAUACAUUUUUUCUGUCUAGCUUAGUUUCAUAUUAUUAAUCCUACAAUAUCUUAAAUUAAAAUAUUAUAUCUGUUGAAUACAGAAACAGUUUUUUCACCAUAAUAUUACUAUAAUUGGACUGUAUAUUCAUUUUAUUAUACACUGUAUUAAAAAAGAUUAUUAAUAUUUUUAUACUAAUAUUAAAUUGAAAAUACCAAUAUUGGAAAAAAAAACCCAGGUCAUUGAAUGUAAUAAGUUCACAAAAAAAAAAAUUAUUCUUUUCUACGACGUUUUUCACGAUCUUGUUGUUGUGGCUGAGAUCUUUUUGAUGCAUGUUUAGCCUGUGUUAAGAACUGAUCCAAACCAAAUGGAUCUUCUUCUUGCUGAUGUUUUUCAAAUUGCACUGGUCCAGCACGGCCACUAGCUUUAGGAUCACGGUCUGUACCACUAAAUUCUUUAUUCGGCACAAAUCUAUAACAACAAUAAAAUCAAGUUUUUAUAAUCAUUUGUUAUAAUUUAUAAGUUCUUCAAAAUAAACUCACCUGUUUGUCUUAACAAUUUUAUCCAGAUCACCGCCAUAUACAUCCUUAUCAAUAUUAGCAGAUGGACGAUAAAUGUGUUGAGCCAAAGAACUGUUUCCACGCCAUGGUUUAUCGUAAACAUUAUACUCUUCAUCAUCACCAAAUCCAGUAUCCAUACCCGAAGUUGUAUUAAGCAAACGUUGAUCGUAUUGAGUAUCGCCAGUUUUUCGAGUAAUUGCUGGAAGUCCAAGAGCAAUUUGCUCACUAAUAUCCCGAUCUCUUAAUACCUUGUUUUUGCGAUUAUCAGCAUUUCUAGCUAAGUUACGGUCACGAGCUCUUUCUUUUUGACGAUCCAAACGUAAUUGAUCACGUUCACGAGAUUCAUCAUUUUUAGUUCCAGGAAGACGAAUACCUGAGGAAAUUUGAAUUAUUAUCAAUUUAUUACCUUAUACUAUUAUCAAUGUUUGUUAUCCUAUAUUAUAUGAAUAGCUAGAGAAGUUUUUGUAAAAUGUUGACCCUAACAAGUACCAUAAAUUGUUUUUUAAAAAGUAUUUAAAUUAUUUUUAUGAUCAGUAAACCUUUAUAUACCUGCUCUUUCUUCUCUAGCUUUUUGAGCCAUUGCUCUGAGGUGUUCUUCUUUCUUUUCCUUUUCUUUUUGAGCCAUUUUCUUUUCUAAUUGUGCCCUCAUUUCAACAGCUUCUCUAGCUUUACGAUCUGCAAUGUAUAAAGCUUCUGCUAAUUUUGCAAACUUUUCAUUUAUAUGGUUCUGUUGUAAACCACGUCCAUCUGCUGCUAAUCGUUUAUCUAGUGGAAUGGUAUAUCCUUUAGCAUUUUUCCAGUUGGAUAUACAUGGAGGAAUUUUCCAUUCCUUUUGUUCUUUAACAGAUGUUUUUCUUGUAGGAGAAUGCAUUAAAGGAGCUGGAGGUGAAGGGGGACCACGUGGAAUUUUUUUAUUAAUUUUAAAUUUGGGUGGUUCCAUGGGAUCUUUCUGAGCUUCCACUAAUCUUACAACACGUUGCUUUGAUCCAGAAUUAUAUUCUUUUCCUUGUUCAGUAGGUGUAUAACGAAACCAUUGAACAGGUGC